CGAUUUGGCGCGAUGUGCUAGAAAUUUGAAAAUCCGAGAGCGGUUUCACAGUUUGCUAAGUGUGGACCAAAACAUUAUUAAAAACAUUCGUCUGCUCCCGUCGACAUCGCGGUGAACGGGACAGCGAAUUUCAAAGGCAUGUCGUGGGACUUUUUUGUGCCCGUGUGCGUGGGUGACCUGGUCAAGACCGGGGGGGUAAACCAGUACGUCGUGCAAGAUGUGCUUUCCCCAAAACAACUACCGUCCCAUCUUCACAAAUUCAAGACUGCAUUGAGAAGUCAAGGCCCUUUGUGCAUCCUGGAACACUUUGACACAGCCUACAGUGUAUUACAGCAUUCCAACUCUGUGGAGCUGGGUGUGAAAGAGGACACUCUGGAUUUGCUGGUGCAAGUUGUCAGCAGCCUGUCAACCUCCCUCCCCUCAUUGCUCAUCUCUACCUCGGUCUCUGCAGCGGAGCGAAAAGAGAAUCUCAAUGCUGUGAAAAUGAGCGUCUUCUUGCUCUGCAAAAUCACAGAGAGUCUUGAAAGUGACUCUUAUAGGCAGAGCUUCAUCGCAGCACCUGGCAAGAGUGGCAAAAAGGCCAAAACAGGUGAGGGACUCCAGCAGUGGGACAAUGAGCGGGAGCGAGUUCUUCAGGCCCUCGGGCAGCUCAUCCAGUUGGACAUCCGCUCCCUCUGGAAUCUUUCUCUUGUUGAAGAAGAGUUCACCAGCUGCGUGACUUGCUGUUGCUACAAGCUACUUGAGAAUCCGACCAUCGGCCACGUCAAGAGCAAACCCACCAGGGAGGGAAUCAUCCAUCUUCUCGGCUUGCUGAUCAAGAAGUACAAUCACCUCCUCGGUGCAAGUGUAAAGGUGAUUCAGCUGCUGCAACACUUUGAACAGUUGUCAUCGGUGUUUGCUCAGGCUGUGUCUGUGUGGAGCACUGAAUAUGGUGUCAGGGCCAUCAUCGGGGAAGUCAUAAGAGAGAUUGGCCAGAAGUCAAGUGAGGAGCUUGCAAGGGAGGGGUCAGGGGUCAAAGCAUUUUCAUCUUUCCUGUCUGAACUCAGUGCACUUGUACCCGAGUUAAUGAUCCCCAACAUCAGUGUACUUAUCACCCACCUGGAAGGAGAGAGCCACACAAUGCGCGUGGCCGUGUGCGAGGUCCUGGGGGACAUCCUGGUGCGCGUCCUGUGCGGAGACGGACUGGAAGAGUCCGGCAAAGCCGACCGCGACCGCUUCUUCGACACCGUGCAGGAGCACCUGCACGACACGCACUCUUACGUCAGGGCGCGCGUCUUGCAGGUGUACACGCGCAUUGUCAACAGCAAAGCCUUGCCACUGUGUCGGUACAGUGAGGUGAUGGGCCUCGCCGUGGGCAGACUGAUGGACAAAUCCGUCAAUGUGGUCAAGAGCGCCAUCCAGCUGCUGGCAGCCUUCAUUGAGCACAACCCUUACAGUUGCAAGUUGAGCAGCGCCGAUCUGAAAAAACCUCUGGAGAAAGAGACGGCGAAGCUGAGAGAGAUGAAAGAGAAGCUGCACGGAGGCGCGCCAGUGAUUAAAGCGUCCGAGCUGUGGGCCGCCAUGGAGCCUGAACUGCGCAUCACUGUCGACACCGAGCUGGAGCGCUCGGGUGAUUCUGAGAAGGGCCAGCAUGAGGAGGGGGAGGAGGCGGAUGUAAAGGAAGUAAACGAGAUGGAGGAUUGUAGGGCGACAGCAGUGAUGAUUGCUCAGUACCUGCGAGUCAACAAGUACAGGAAUGCUGUGCGUCUUUGUAUUAAGGCCCUCAGCCGUUUCCCCGAAUCGGAGAUGUUUGCCGCCGUGUCCGCUCUCACCGCAGAGACUCUAAUGGACACGCUGGCCCGUCUUUUCAAAGGCUCUGAUGAGGACACCCCUGAGCACAGUCAAAACUUGCCUCCCACGCCACAGAAAGAAGGAGAGAAGGAGGCGGACGAUGCGGAGCGGAAGAAGCAGGAGAUGUUGGUGCAGUACCUCCGAGAUACGGAAACCUUCGCCCUUCAAGUGGAGAGAGCCAUCUCUGUCAUUAACGCCAUGCUGUACUGGAAAACAACUUCAGUGGUCCAGGAGGCGGUGCAGUUUUGCGUUACAGUCUGCGAAUUUGGCGUCGCCAACUCUCUCAGUGGUGUGCGGAAGAUGUUGCCUCUGGUUUGGUCGACUGACUCGGCCAUCAAAGAUGCUGUCGUCCAGGCCUACCGGCGCCUCUAUCUCAACCCCAAAGGAGACACCAUCAGGAUGAAAGCUCAGACUCUUGUGGACAGUCUGUCGGAACUGAUGGUGGAUGCAUCUCUGGGAACAAUUCAGUGUCUGGAGGAAAUAGUGCAGGAGUUCUUUGGUAGCGGCAACAGUCUGGAGUCGACCGUGGUGCAGGUUCUGUGGGAAAGGUUUACUGGCAAAACCGAAAGCUCGCCUUUGUACAGGCGAGCGGCUGUGCUCCUACUGGGCAUGGCUGCACGGGCAGAAAGGGAGGUGGUCCUCAGCAAUCUGGACACGCUUUGUUCUGUGGCGCUGGGAGAAAAAGUGACGGAGGACUUUCUUCUGGCAAGAGACACCGUGAUCGCCAUCUGCAGCAUCACCGAUCAUGUUAGGCAAUCAAGAGGUGCCCCAUUCAGACUCCCUCAAGAACAUCAGCUCUUUACCCGCCUCACACAAGCAAUUGCUGAAGGUGCCAUGAUGGAGGACCCACACUGGCAGAGUUUCAUGGAGCAAGCCGUCCGUCUCACCUACUUUCUGGCCGAAUCCCCUGACCAGCUGUGCUCCCGGUUGAUCCAACGCACCGCUAGACUCCUGCUGGAUCAAAUUUCCCAAGGCGCCGAGGUUAAUAAGGAUGUCGAUCAACCACAAGAGGGAUCUCAAGAGUCUGGUGAGCAAGUGAAUUGUGUGUGCCUGGCUCAGCUGUUGGCCCUGUGUGGCAGCGUGGCCUUCUGGCAGGUGGCUCACCUCGAGCGCAGCGUGAGCGGUGAGCUGCGGAGGCGGCGAUUCGAGACUGAAGAGAGAGAGGAGAAAGAAAAGGGUCCAUCCAGCAAAGCAAAGCUAACGGCAAAUGAGAGCGCAAUGGAGGAGGAGCUCGGCUUGGUCGGCGCCUCUGCGGAAGACACGGAGGCCGAGCUCAUCAGGAAGAUCUGCGAAACGGAAUUACUGGCCGAGGAGAACCUGCUGAGUGCAUUCCUUCCCUUGCUGGUGAAAGUCUGCAGCUCCCCUGGACACUAUUCCCACCCUCAGCUCACCGCAGCUGCCUGUCUGGCCCUGUCACAGUACAUGAUGAUUAGCCCAUCGGUUUGUGAGGAGAAUGCCCGUCUCAUGUUUACAGUGCUGGAGCGCUCGACUCUCCCUGUCGUCAGGGCCAAUGCCAUCAUUGCCCUGGGAGACCUCACUGUCCGCUUCCCUAACAUAUUGGAGCCCUGGACCCAGAAUUUAUACGCCAGGCUCAGUGACGAGGUCCCCUCGGUGAGGCAGACGGCCGUGACAGUGCUGACUCAAUUGGUGCUUAAGGACGUGCUGAAGGUCAAAGGGCAAGUCAGCGAGGUGGCCGUGCUGCUAAUUGACCCUGAGCCGCACAUCGCCAGCCUGGCCCUCAACUUCUUCAACGAGCUGGCCUCCAAGGACAACGCAAUUUACAACCUGCUUCCGGACAUCAUCAGUCGUCUGUCUGACCCAGACAGGGGCAUGAGCCCAGAGGACUUCAACACCGUCAUGAAACAGCUCUUCUCCUACAUCACCAAGGAGAGACAGACCGAGUCUCUGGUGGAGAAACUUUGUCAGCGCUUCAGGACCGCCAGGACAGAGCGUCAGUGGUGCGACUUGGCCGUCUCGCUGUCCCUGCUGUCCAUGUGCGAGCGUGGCUUCAAGAGGCUGCAGGAAUGCUGGGAAUGCUACAGCGACAAGCUGACCGAGCCCGGCGUCUACCAGCCUCUGCUCGCCAUCACAGCCAAACUGCGCCGUGGGGCCAAGAUCCAGUUCAAGGGCCAAGUGGAUGACUUUGAGAAGCGACUGACGGCUGUUCACACGCGAGGCCUGGAGAACGUGGAAAGCCCCGAGAUGGAGGACGAAAAUCAAAAAGAGGGACGAGCCACCGACAAGGCGGCGGCGCGCACGCCGAUGCCUGCCAGGGGUCGAGCCAGGUCCAAGAGAGGUCAGUCAAAGUCAUCCGUUUCCAGCCAAUGCGAGGACAGCUUCGUGACGCCUCAGAGAACUCGCAAAUCCAAGAAGAAGCCCGUCAUCACCUUCAGCAGUGAUGAAGAGGAGGACGAAGAGGAUGCUGUGCUGACAGAGAGCGAGACCCCCAAAGUCACCACGCCCAUUGCCCGCGCAUCUCGACGAGCUCGCCUCAGAAACUGAAGUGUUUUUUAACACCCCACCCCCCCUUCCUUUUUUUUUUUUUUUACCUACGUAGGAUCGACUGGCAUCCGGAUAAUGUCCCACAUAGCAUCAAAGAUGUCUUGUAAUAAACCUGGACCCGAUGUGGUUGUUCCAAAACU